AUGUACCCAGGACAACAGCACCGACACUAUCAGCGACCACCGGUGCCCCCACCGGGAUAUGUCCAGCAAAAACAGUACCAGCGACCCAUGAACCCUCCACCUUCCAAUCAGAUGCAGUCAUCUGUAGUGACAAACCAUGGCCGGGUACAACAGUUUCAAUAUUCCAAUUGUACCGGUAGGAAAAAGGCUUUGCUGAUCGGAAUUAAUUAUUUUGGCUCUAAAAACCAGCUUGGUGGGUGUAUCAAUGAUGUGCGUACUAUGUCACGGUACCUGCAUGAUUACCAUGGGUAUGCCUUCGGAGACAUGGUGAUUUUGACUGAUGAUACCAGGGAUAUGAGAAGGGUACCCACAAAACAGAAUAUGUUGAGGGCAAUGCAAUGGCUGGUAAAAGAUGCUCGUCCGAACGAUUCGUUAUUUUUCCACUAUUCUGGCCACGGGGGUCGAACGCAAGAUCUGGACGGAGAUGAGGUGGAUGGCUUUGACGACGUAAUUUACCCCGUCGACUUCCAGGUAGCUGGCCAUAUAGUUGAUGACCAGAUGCAUGAUAUAAUGGUUAGACCAUUAAGGGCUGGUGUUAGACUGACAGCGCUGUUUGAUUCUUGCCAUUCAGGAACUGCGUUGGAUCUUCCAUUUGUGUAUAGAGCCCAGGACGGUGGUAUCAAGGAGUAUAAUAUCUGGAAGGAGUCGAAGGGGGAUGCAAUGCAGGCAAUCAUGGGAUAUGCAACAGGGAAUACGCGAUUGAUGGCAAACAGUGUCUCCAGUGUCUUCUCGCGUUUCAAGAACUCCAAUUCGUCACAAGCAGAUCGCGUCAAACAACAGAAGAUGUCACCUGCUGACGUUAUAUCUUUCUCGGGAUGCAAAGAUACACAGACAAGUAGUGACUCAUCGGUUAACGGGAUCGCGACGGGUGCAAUGUCUUGGGCCUUCAUCACCGUCAUGACCCAAAACCCUGUGCAGAGCUACAUCACGCUGCUUCAGAAUGUUCGUGUUUUAUUAGCCCAGAAGUACUCUCAGAAGCCACAGUUGUCUUCGUCUCAUCCGAUCGAUGUGAAUUUGCGAUUCGUUCUCUAA